CUUAUAUUCGUUACGCUUCGUUGUUCGUGGACUGAUCUGAUUUCAGUCCGAAGAGUGCGGCUUUGAUUUGUGAUGUUCACUAAACGAUUUUUAGCCGCACCUGUUAUAUUUUGAUGAUGACUUUGUUCUUCGCGACUGUUUCGACGUCGAUGACACGUCCACUGUUGGUUCGUGUGACUUUGUACAAGACUAUAAAAAGUCGACGCGCCGGUGUCCAAAAUGCAAGUUAAACGCAGAUUCUAACAACGAACCUACGUCGAAGAGCCCUGUUUCGUCGGCCUCGAGUACAAGUUUGAAUUCGCUCGGUUCCAACUUCGAAGAAAUAGAAUGGAAGUUGAUCGCCAUAACCAAGAAAGCCGGCAAGUUCUACAUCGCUUUAAGCGUUGUACGUCGGCAGCUCUGUGCCGUAAGCAUUCAUCUGAUCACCGGUGCGAAAAAUUCGUCAUCCGAGUCGCCAUCGAAGGCGACCAACGACGGUUCGCUGUCGUCCUCGAAGGAGAUGACGUUUUAUCCACUCGCCAAUUUGACGGUUCCUCGUUGUUCAUGCGGUGUUGUGGAAAUGGACGGAAAGAUCGUCGUUUUUGGCGGCUACAACCGCGGCGAAUGCCUGUCGAGCGUCGAACAGUACGACCCAACCACAAACGUUUGGUCUUCUUUUCCAUCGAUGCUGAAAGGCCGUGGUCGCUUCGAUGCUGCACUUUGCAACGGAAAGGCGGACCAACAAGAAGUUGGGAAAAAGCAUGUCGGGGUAUAUGACUUCAGCAGAGCAAGCGUUGCAAGUCCAAUCGUGAAGAAGCACACAACCAGUGGAAUUCAGAAAAAUUGUUCUAGAAUCUACGUUGUUGGCGGAUCUGACGGAAACAACGAUCUGAGUACCGUUGAAUGUUUUGACCCCGUUGUACGAUCGUGGCGUAGGGUAGCGCCUCUUUCCAGUCCGCGUUCAAAUAUCGGUGGGUUGAUGCAGUCGUAUGUUCCUAUCACGCGGUGUGAUCGGUGUCUUGCAACGAUUGGCAAUCGCCUGUACAGCAUGGGCGGAUGGGACGGAGAAAAUGCGCUGAAGGAUUGUGAGAAUAAGUCUGUUCAUCGUAUUCUCUACCACCCGUUCAUUAUGUGUCGUCGCAUAGGCCGUUCGCAAGCCGGAUGCGUGGUUUGGAAAAACAAGAUCUACGUCGCCGGAGGCUACGACAGUUGGCAUUGCACUAACACGGUCGAAGUUUAUGAUCCUGAGUCCGAUACGUGGCAUUAUUUGUCGCCGAUGAACUGUGCGAGACGUGGCUGCGGAUUGGCUGUUUUUAAAAACAAGCUCUAUGCCGUUGGUGGUAGCGAUGGCGUAGAAUCGUUGUGCACCGCUGAAUGGCUGGAUCUUAUUGAUCCCCAUUCUUCAUGGCGACCGGCACCAUCGAUGAACACCUGCCGCGCUAAUGUCCGUGUAGCCGUCGUCGCCGAGAAACUGUUCGCCUUCGGAGGAUUUAAUGGAAAAUCAUUCUUGAACACUAUGGAAUAUCUUGCAGAGGGUAUGAACAAAACGCUCGUUUUUGUCUUCAUCCGUUUAUUGCAGAUUCGAUGGAGUGGAGAAAAAUUUUGUCAAUGUAGAAUAGCUUACGUUGACUUUUUUGUUUCGUUUUUCCUCAGGAUGUCUCUUUUAUUUUAUAUAUUUCUGCCGACAGUUUUAUAGUA